CUGGAGUCUGCCAAUAACAGUUCGAGUUGCGCUCAGCUUCAACGCUACAUUCUGGAGGCAGUACAGAACGAAGUCCCCAUUCCGAGUAAUCUCUCAUAAAUACAGAGAAGAAGAAGAAGCUGUAUGCCUAUAAUAUAAUAGGCUGCGUCGUCGAUUAAUUAGGUUACAUGGACUCAAGAGAAAGCUAAUUAUUUUGGCGAAUUAAUAUAAUUGCAUAGCCUAAUUAACGGCUUGGAAACUCUGUCGGCUCUUCACUACAAAUCUGACCUAGGCUACCUGUGUAGAGGGGUUUGAUUUUACUCAUAUCCUGGAAUUGGUAUCAUCAAUAGUUUUCUCGUGUGCUUUUCAUUCGGGUUUAUAUUUGUUUGUAGCAAACGGCUCCCGGGUGCGACUGGAAUACGCGUCUGCACCGGGGAUUGAAUUGAUACAUCAUAACCGACCGGAAUUCAGAUUGUGAAUAAACAAGACAUUGUCCAGGGUAACGUAACCUCACUCUACAACCCAAUCCAUCUGGGCAAAUUGAACGUGUAUUUCGGUAGCAGAGAGCGAUACUAAACCAGCAUAAUGCCUCUUGCACAUCUUGCGGAGCCCUGGCCCCAAAUGGAACUAGUUACACUGGACUCAGAGAAUGGGCAAAGCGUCACUGAGGAUGGGGUCCCACCUGCUGGUCACAAGGACAGGUCCCAUAUUACCUGGGUAGAGAAGGACUUUGCCAAUAUUACUGCCAAGGACAAUGAUGUCAUCAAGGAGAUCAACAUCACCAACGUGGUCAAGGAGGGCUCAGAGAAAGCUGACGCCCGCCAGUUUGAGCUGCUUAAAGUGCUGGGCCAGGGCUCCUUUGGCAAGGUGUUCUUGGUGCGGAAGGUGACGCCUCCCGACGACAACGAGCUAUAUGCUAUGAAGGUCCUGAGAAAAGCCACCCUCAAAGUGAGAGACCGGGUGAGGACCAAGAUGGAGAGAGAUAUCCUGGCAGAUGUCAACCACCCCUUCGUGGUCAAACUCCACUAUGCAUUUCAGACAGAAGGAAAGCUCUACCUGAUCCUGGACUUUCUGAGAGGAGGAGAUCUCUUCACCAGACUGUCUAAAGAGGUGAUGUUCACAGAGGAGGAUGUGAAGUUCUACCUCGCAGAGUUGGCUCUGGGCCUGGACCACCUGCAUAGCCUGGGCAUCAUCUACAGAGACCUCAAACCUGAGAACAUUCUACUGGAUGAAGAGGGCCAUAUAAAACUCACAGAUUUUGGCUUGUGUAAGGAGGCUGUUGACCAAGAGAAGAAGGCCUACUCCUUCUGUGGUACGGUGGAAUACAUGGCGCCAGAGGUGGUGAACAGGCAGGGCCACAUACAGAGCGCCGACUGGUGGUCGUUUGGGGUACUGAUGUUUGAAAUGCUGACCGGAUCGCUUCCAUUCCAAGGGAAGGACCGCAAAGAGACCAUGAACCUCAUCCUCAAGGCCAGAUUGGGAAUGCCCCAAUUCCUCAGUACAGAGGCCCAGAGUCUUCUCCGAGCUCUGUUCAAGAGGAACCCCAUCAACAGAAUGGGGUCUGGGACGGAUGGUGCAGAGGAGAUCAAACGCCACACGUUCUUCUCCACCAUCGACUGGAACAAACUGUUCCGGCGAGAGAUCCCACCCCCAUUCAAGCCGGCGGUGGCCCGACCAGACGACACCUUCUACUUCGACUCGGAGUUCACCUCCCGCACACCCAAAGACUCCCCAGGUGUUCCACCCAGUGCCGGAGCCCAUCAGCUCUUCCGGGGCUUCAGCUUCGUCGCCCCGGCCAUGCUGGAUGAGGAGGGGGCCAAGGAGCCGGCCAAGCCCACACCACACCCAGUGGUCCAGCAACUCCAUGGAAAGAACGUGUUGUUCAGCGAUGGCUACAUGUUGAAGGAGGACAUCGGCAUGGGCUCUUUCUCCGUUUGCAAGCGCUGUAUCCACAAAGCCACCAACACCGAGUACGCCGCCAAGGUGAUUGACAAGACCAUGACAGACCCCUCAGAGGAAAUUGAGAUCCUGUUGAGAUACGGCCAGCACCCCAACAUCAUCACCCUGAAAGACGUGUAUGACAAUGGGAAGCAGGUGUAUCUGGUGACAGAGCUGAUGAGAGGUGGGGAGCUGCUGGACCGGAUCCUCAAACAGAAGAUCUUCUCUGAGCGAGAAGCCAGCUCCGUGCUCCACACCAUCACCAAGACUGUAGAAUACCUCCACGCACAGGGGGUUGUCCACAGGGAUCUAAAGCCCAGUAACAUCCUUUAUGUAGAUGAGUCGGGGAACUCUGAGUCUAUCCGGAUCUGUGACUUUGGUUUUGCCAAGCAGCUGAGAGCUGACAACGGCCUGCUCAUGACUCCAUGCUACACCGCUAACUUUGUAGCCCCGGAGGUGUUAAAGCGUCAGGGCUAUGACGAGGGCUGUGACGUAUGGAGUCUGGGAGUGUUGUUGUACACCAUGCUGGCUGGCUUCACGCCAUUUGCCAACGGGCCCGAGGACACUCCAGAUGAGAUCCUGAGCAGGAUAGGCAGCGGUCACUUCACCCUGACUGGAGGCAACUGGGAUGCUGUGUCGGAAGCAGCGAAGGACCUGGUGUCUAAGAUGCUUCAUGUGGACCCUCACCAGCGGCUGACCGCAAUGCAGGUCCUCAAGCACCCCUGGAUUGUCCAGAGGGACAAGCUAUCCAACAGCCAGCUGCAGCACCAGGAUGCCAAGCUAGUCAAGGGGGCGAUGGCUGCCACCUACUCUGCCUUGAAGAGCUCCCAGCCCACCCCGGAGCUCAAGCCCAUUGAGUCGUCCUUCUUGGCCCAGCGACGUGUCAAGAAGCUCCCCUCCACCUCUCUGUAGAUCCACCAGAGAGA